UGAUGUUACUGCAUCUUCUCUACUUUCUCCUCAGAACUUCCUCUGUCCUGCAGACAUCUAUCUCCUUUGCUUUCCCAGAUCAAAGAGGAGACGACCUGCCAAGGAGAUUCAGUCCAGGGCAGCUGAGUGGCAAGCCCAGUUGUUGCUCAACAUUACCCUCAAGGGGCCCCACCCCCCUGCAGUUAUAAAGCCCUAGUGAGGUGAGGUUGGGCAACCACAACUGGCACUCAGCCUCCAGAGCACCAACAAGGCACUGGCACACAGGCGCUAUGGCAAACGACUUGCAAGUCCCGCUGUCCCCGCUGAAAGGGCGGCACGCUCCUGCAGUGAAAGCUGGAGGGAUGCGGAUUUCCAAGAAACAAGAGAUGGGCAUUUUGGAAAGACACACCAAAAAAACAGGACUGGAGAAAACAAGUGCCGUCGCAAACGCUGCCAAAAUCCAGAUGCUGGAUGCUCUGAACGACACGCUGGACAAGCUCAACCAUAAAUUUCCAGCAGCAGUUCACACAGCACAUCAAAAGCCCACACCUGCCCUGGAGAAGGCCACUCCCCUGAAGCGGGCCUACAUUAUCCAGCAGCCUCGAAAAUGACAGGCCAGGAUGUAAAAUUCAGCCAUCUGGUCAACCUUCCCAUUAUCUGACAGCUCAACAGAAAUGACCAACACUUCCUGUAGGCCUGCUGCCCUUGCUUGGUAAAUAAAACAACUUUUGUAUCUUCCCUUUUUACUUUGGAUAAUAAAGUUUUCAAAAUUAUAAAUCCAAUA